CUAUGAAACCGCGCAAACUGUUCGUCCAUACCUCUGACAUCCGAAAUCAUAUUUCGUUUUCGUCUUUACUAUUCUCGAUAUCGUCGAAUUCGCUAUCGACACUCAGGAGUAUGCGUUUGCGUUUGCCCUGUUCAUUAGGAGCCAAUUCUACACGCUAUAUUUUUACCUAUAUUUAUGUGAUACUUAUUGCUGGUACUACGAGCGAAACAUGCUCAAUAGAAGGCGCUAUAUGUUCGGAAAAUAAUGCUAGUGUAUGCAGAAAUGGAACGUGCAUAUCGGCUUGUUCAUUACGGGGCAUGAAAGAAUGUCAAUGUGAUGCUGAAGAAGACAAUUAUUGUUAUCUAUGCUGUGGUAAUGCCGAUCAUCAAUGUCUACCAGCUCAUCAUCACAAUAUUCUAAGGCCAAACGGGGAGCGAUGGGAACGCGAAGCGUGCUCUCGAUGUCGGAUGCACGGCGCAGAAUUGGAGGGGUUGCCUUGCGACGACACCGACUCGGCUCGGCUUUGUAUCACCGGCAAAUGUUCGAAUUCCGUAUGUCAUACACGGCAACCGGGAUCAUUUUGCGAUCGCAAAAUGGAGAAGAUAUGCGUAGACAAUACAUGUGAAAACCCGUGUGCACGAUUUGCUCCACAUCUAAUGGUUUGCGAUUGUCCAGCAAUCGACCAAGACACAGGAUUUGCUUCUGAAGAUCGCUGUCAGCUGUGUUGUUAUGACUUCAAUUUGAAACCAUCAAAUCGUCGAUGUCAAAACGCGUAUCGAAAGUACAAAGUGAUGGAUUUAUUUCAAAAACCUAUAUGGAGGGUUGGUUUAGAUUGUGCUGGUGGUAAAACUUGCAACAAAUACGGUGUUUGUGCCAGUUGUACAUUGAAGUAUACCGGUCUACUUCUGCUUAUUCCUUUGCUAUUACGAGUAUUUUGAUAUGAGAAAGCACUCUAUAUUAUAAAUCCGCAUUUGAAGAACAAAAUAUAC